GUCCCUGCGUCCGUCCCGGACUCACUUCCGGUACCCUCUUGACCACUUCAUAUCAGUCUUCUCUUCCUCGUUCCCAACUCUGCAGCUUGCCUUCCAUCGCCGCGCAGGAAAAUCCCGCCGCCGCCCUCGCCGCCGAGACCAGUUGCUCGAUCCGGGCGGGGGCUGCUGCCGGGGGAGCCGUCGGGGGACCGGGGAACGGACUGUUUCCCGAAACAACGACCUGCCUACCUACCAGGCUACCAGUGUAGGUACUAGCUGCCAAAACGGACUGAUUCCGUUCCCAAUCCCCACUCCUAGCCUCCUAGGGUUGUUUGUAGGCCGCAGCCGUCGAUCUCAUGGCCUCGUUCGCCACCGCGCGCCUCGCCGGCGGCGGGGUCUUACUGCGGGCGGUCGGGGAUGACACCUCCCGGGGUCUCCCGUCCGGGAGACUGUGUCUUCCUUCGCCGCGCCGGCGUCUGCCCAGCGUCCGGUGCUGCGCGGCACGCCAUCCCGCCGGCGGCGGCGGAGGCAACGGCAGCGGCGGCAUGGACGCGGGGACGGAGUUCGUGGGGUUCUUCCGGGAGGCGUGGCCGUACAUCCGUGGCCACAGCGGGAGCACCUUCGUGGUCGUUAUCUCCAGCGAAGUCGUGGCAGGGCCACACUUGGACCGCAUUUUGCAGGAUAUUUCGCUGCUCCAUGGUCUCGGGAUUAACUUUGUUCUUGUUCCGGGAACACAUGUCCAUAUUGAUAAGCUCUUGACACAAAGAGGAGGUAAGGCUAAGUAUGUUGGUCAGUAUCGAGUUACCGAUUCUGAUUCAUUAGAUGCUGCAAUGGAGGCAGCUGGCAGGAUAAGGUUAACAAUAGAGGCAAAACUCUCUCCUGGCCCUCCAAUGUUAAAUCUUCGUAGACAUGGUGAUAUUGGACAUCGGCACGGUCUUGUGGAUAAUGUCGCAAGUGGCAACUUCCUUGGUGCUAAGAGAAGAGGGGUAGUUAAUGGCAUUGAUUAUGGAUUUACUGGUGAAGUUAAGAAAAUAGAUGUUUCACGGAUAAAAGAAAGGCUCGAUAGUCAUAGCAUAGUUGUCGUGAGCAAUAUGGGAUACUCGAGCUCGGGAGAAGUCUUAAAUUGCAACACUUACGAAGUAGCCACCGCAUGUGCUUUAGCCAUAGAGGCAGAUAAACUUAUCUGCGUUGUAGAUGGUCAGAUAUUCGACGAGCAUGGACGAGUCAUUCACUUCAUGUCUCUUGACGAAGCUGAUAUGCUGAUCAGAAAGCGUGCUAAGCAAAGUGAUAUUGCUGCAAGUUAUGUGAAGGUUGUGGAUGAGGAGGACCAUGAACCAUCUUCGAAUGGAAGGGGGCACCUUAAUGGGUAUGCUGCUUCUUUUAAAAAUGGUUUGGGUUUUAACAAUGGAAAUGGUAUUUAUUCUGGUGAGCAAGGGUUUGCUAUUGGUGGUGAAGAGCGAUUAAGCAGGUCAAAUGGCUAUCUUUCUGAGUUGGCUGCAGCAGCUUAUGUAUGCCAUGGUGGCGUUCAAAGAGUUCAUAUCAUAGAUGGAACAGUUGAUGGAUCGCUGCUAUUAGAAUUGUUUACAAGAGAUGGCGCAGGGACAAUGAUAGCAAGGGAUGUGUAUGAAGGAACAAGAAUGGCUACAGAGGAAGAUCUUCCUGGCAUAAGAAAACUUAUUUACCCACUGGAGGAAUCUGGUGUUUUAGUGCGAAGAACAGAUAAAGAGGUGUGCUCAAAUUUUCAGAAAUCUGAUAUAUUGAGUGCUUUAAGUGUGAAGCAAGUUACCUUCUGCUUUAAUUUAGCUUUCUCUUCAUGCUUAGUAUCACUAAUAAUGUGUACUUUUCUAACUUGUCUUCAGCUUCUUGAAGCGCUAUAUUCAUUUUAUGUUGUUGAAAGAGAUGGCUCAAUCGUUGCAUGUGCUGCUCUCUUUCCAUUUCCUGAGAAUGAAUCUGGUGAGGUUGCGGCAAUUGCUGUAUCUGAAGAAUGCCGAGGAAAAGGUCUGGGGGACAAGUUGCUUGAUUACAUCGAGAAGGAGGCAUUAUCCCUUGGUCUUGGAAAAUUGUUCUUACUUACUACACGGACAGCCGAUUGGUUUGUACGGCGUGGCUUCUCGGAGUGCUCGAUUGAAUCUAUUCCUGAGCAGAGAAGAAAGCGCAUCAAUCUGUCGCGUGGAUCAAAGUAUUAUAUAAAGGAGCUGCUGCAAAAGCAUGUUGUUAGUCUUGCUGCCAACAAUUUCGUGGCCAGUUGACAGGACCUGCAAGGAACUUAACGGAAUAUCAGCUCUGUUGAAAAAUCAAGGUUUCGUGCAGUUGUCAGUUAUAGUGUCACAUAGAAAUAAAUAUCGCAAUGGCUUGUGGUUAGUGGUUUUGGACCUUUUGUUCACAUGAAUGUAAAGUAACUUUAUGCAUGCCAUGAUAGAAAACAAAUAGAAGACGGUGUUCUAUGUAAAUCCCAUCGUCAAGCAAUGUAGAAAUGCUAGAUGGAGUUAUAUGCUACCCUGAGCGAGUCUACCUGAUCACUGUGAAGAAUUGGAUGUGGAACAUACUCUACACACAAAUCUCUCAAGAGAAUUCUAAAAGGAAACGAUGCAGUGACUGACUCUUGGUGGCCAAUCACUCUUAGAUAAGGUGCAGGUUUACACAUGCCAGCUACAUUGGCUUUUUUUGUUGUUGUUGUCGUUGGUUCCCGCAAGAAUUGGAUGUAAAUUAAAGCUUGUAGAGUGAACCUUCCGUUUGAUUCCUAUUCUGAUUCUACCUUUUCUGCUC